GUCUAGCGACGUCUGUGUAGAGUGGGAUAUGCAAACAGUUUGACGUAGUGAAUCGGACCCAAUAUUGAAAAAUCAAGAUGUAUUUGAAAGUGAUUGUGCUAUUUUUAUCAGUGAGCUAUACCGCAGGAUACUACACUCACAAAAAACACAGUGCAGAAGAUAGGAAUAGUGAAAAUUUUCGCACGCUUGCAAAUUAUCAACAACGAUUGCGUAAUCAAGGAUUCUACAAUAGACCAAUAAACGAUAACCUGUCAGCGGGUUUUGAUGAGCUGGAAACACUGCAGCUGAUUCCGGUAACGAUCAGGCAACUACGCCAGAGUUUAUUGAGCAGCGAAGAGCGACUAGCGUUGCGUAACAUUUUCGGAUCGAUUUGGGAUAUGAUGGUAGAUGAAUCACAUCGCAAGAAAUCGGAACCACGAAACCCCGUAUUGUCUAUUCUGCUAAACUCACGUGAAAUUCGGCAAGGCAAACAGGAAAUUCGCGCCCAAUUCGACAGCGAUACUCAGGGAAACUCAAUUCAAAAGGUUUUCAAAACACAGAAAUUCCGCCCAAUCAAAUUAACUGACGACAGUGGAGUCGAACCCUCGCAACGGCUUCUUCGGAUGGUAGCUGCUAUCAUCCAGAAAUCGUACAAGGAAUCAAACAGACAGAAGGAUUCGAUAAAGCUGAAUAACGCAAAAGUUACCGUCCGGCUGCCACGAAAUAAGCGAUCAAUUAUAUCCGUCAUCUCAGCAAAGAGCGAGGAAGAGCAGCGUCGUCUAGUUAAAGCUGAGGCUAACGAAGCAGCGGUUAUGAAGACCAUCCUAGGAGACAACGGUGACGACAGCCGGCCGGAUGAUGAUGACGACUACUAUGCGGACGAUGACUACCCGGAACAUGCGACAGAGGAAGUUUCGGGAAAUGCAUCAAAUGUGGAUGCCGCCGAAGAUACUGCUAAUGAUUUACAGGCAGCUGCGUCCGAUAAGCCACCGAAAUCCGAGGAAGCGACACAGGACUACGCCUACGACGAGGGUGAAGAUGUUGUCGACUAUUUCAUGGACCAGUUCAAGCCACGUUCCAGCCCCGGGAAUUUCGAAGACCCAUCCUUUAAUGAGUUGAUUAUGCUAGCUGCACGACAUCGUGCAAGAAAACAACAUCAAAAGGUGGGCAAGUCGGAAAAUAAUGGUGGAUAUAGAACUGCAGCAAGUGAUGAGUAUUUGGAUGAUUAUUAUUGAUCUUGAGCUGCAGCUUAA